GCUAUAAAUAGCACAACUCCACUGAAGCUGUAACACUUAGUACAAGUAAACUAAAAGCGAAUAAUGUUACGAAACGUGUUGGAACUAAAACAGCCCUUACAAGGGGCUGUUUUAAAUAUAUGCAAACAAUAUGGAACUAGGGCACGGGCAUACAUUGAGAUGACUGGUCCAGGCGAAGAUAAAACAGAACGAACAAUAGAUCCGCCUGAGAAAAAAGAAAAGCACGAAAAACAUUUCGUAUACACGAAACAUGUGCCUCACAUGCUACACUUCAAUGUUGAAGAAUUAAACGAAAAUCUACAGAAAGAUUACAUUGAUAGACAAUUGGAGCAAAUGAAGAAGAUUGUUGAAGACAAUGAGAUCAGAAGUAUCACAUUUAAUUGUAUAAAAGAAAGUAUAUUUAGAAGCCAACUGAAUAUGCCGAUACGGAAGCUCGGUUUCGAAUCGUCUUUUCAAAGAUAUAACGAUGACAGAGGUCUGGCCAUAUUUUAUAUGAAAGCUGAUCAAGAAAUAACAAUGGAUAACAGCAAUAUGGGUUCAUACAAUAAGCGGGCAUAUGCGAAACAAUAUUAUGGACUCUUAUAAAUUCAGAUUUGUUUGCAGCGUUUGGAAAGAUGCUAUGCUGCAAUAACGGUAAUAUUGCUGAUGGAACUGAGAACUAGGGGUUUGCACGUAUUCAAUAAACCCUUCCUAUAAACAAGAAUACUAUAAACUGUAUGAAAGUUAGGAUUAAAAUGUUCUGACAUCAGUUUAUAAAUGUAAUGUGAAAACAAGAGAAACAUAUUUUCAUGCAUAUUCCUUAAAACAACAAUUACCUUGGCAAAAUACUGUGUAAGAUAUACGAUUUUAAGACACAUUGUUUCAUGUGUGAAAAAAAUAUACAUACAUUGAACAAAUGGACAACAUGUACACCUAGAAAUCACACUCUGUAUUUUUAAAAGAACACAUUAGGUCAAUUUUUAGAACAGUGUGAGCAGUUUUAGUUACAUGUAUUAUUGUAUCACGUUUGAGAAUUAUAUGCAGGAGACCACAAAUAUACAUUAAAAUGAUAUACAUAUUGUAUAAAGGAUCUUACAUGAGCGAUUUUAUGUGACUGAACUUUCAUUAUUGUUUUUAAGAAUACUAUGUUCAUGUUUGCUUUGUAUAGUUAUAUUACUUAUUUAUAUGUUUUGUUUUAAUAAAAUGGUAUUAAAAUU